AUGGCAGAGGAUUCAAGGCGUAUCACGUAUAAUUCUAAUGCACACUUUAAUCUCAUCGACUGGGCCAAUGUUGGCUUCCAGAUUCGCGAAGGUAUGGCUGCUGGAUUGGGCCUCCCCUCUCCUCCCUCUGCGCGACCUCGGGCUAACAAGGCAACCUUACCCACUCGCAUAGUCAACGGCCACAUCGAGUCGCACUGGUCCAAGAAGACGGGCCAGUGGUCGCCCCUCCAGUUUGUGCGCGACCCCUUUAUCCGGAUCCACGGCAUGUCGCCCGCCCUCAACUACGGCCAGCAGGCCUACGAGGGCCUCAAGGCCUUCCGCACCCCUUCCGACGCCGCCAUCCAAAUCUUCCGCCCCAACAAGAACGCGGUGCGCAUGCAGCACUCGGCCGCCGUGGCGUCCAUGCCUCCCGUCCCCGAGGACAUGUUUGUCGCCGCCUGCCGCGCCGCCGUCGCGCUCAACGCCGAGUUCGUCCCGCCCCACGAGACCGGCGCCGCCAUGUACGUCCGCCCCCAGAUUUACGGCUCGAGCGCCCAGCUCGGCCUGAACCCGCCCGAGGAGUACAUGUUUUGCGUCUUCGUCGUGCCCACCGGCGUCUACCACGGCGUGCACCCCGUGCGCUGCAUGAUCCUCGACGACUUUGACAGGGCCGCGCCCAACGGUACCGGAAACGCCAAGGUGGGCGGCAACUACGCUCCCGUUUUGAGGUGGACGGAUAAGGCGCGGGAUGAGGGCUACAACAUCACUCUUCACUUGGACAGCGUGAACCACGAGGAGGUGGAUGAGUUCAGCACCAGCGGUUUCAUCGGUGCCCUGGUCGAUGGUGACAAGGUGACGAUUGUCGUGCCUGACUCCAAGGCCGUGAUUGACAGCGUCACGAGCGACAGCGUGCAGGAGAUUGCUCGUAGCUUCGGCUGGGCUGUCGAGAAGCGCGUGAUCAAGUACUCCGAGCUUCCCAACUUUGCCGAGGUCAUGGCUGCCGGCACCGCUGCCGGUCUCGUGCCCAUCCGCUCCAUCACCCGCUCGAUCCCCUCUUCCAACCCCCGCUCCCUCGCCGCCACUCUCAAGCAGCACGAUCGCCUCUCCGUGGCCGACGGCUCUGAAACCGUCGUGUAUAUUGCCGACAGCCAGGAGGAACCAGGCUCCAUCUGCCUCAAGCUCCUCGGACAGCUCAAGGGCAUCCAGGUUGGCAAGGUCGAAGAUACAUUUGACUGGUGCUUCAAGGUUAGGCAGGAGGACGGAAACGUUGAGAAGAACUAG